AUGCAGCUUUCUGUCAGACGCAAGACACUUUUCAAACGCUUCAAAACUACACCAAUCGAUUACCGGCAUUAUACAUCAUCGCAUGGCCCUCCUUCAGGACAAAGGGUCAGCAUAAACGAUGAUCGCCCUCACAAAUCUGCAUCGUCAACGGAUCAAUGGAAGUUCCUGUUCGAAGAUACCACCGGUGAAGAACAUAGUAAUUUUGACAAUAGGCUUCGUCGAAGGAGAUCGGCGUUGCCAAAUGAAUUCCAAAAGAAAAGACCCUCUCCUAGGUUUCAAAGAAUGCAUCCAUCAGAAAAUGCCAGUUAUAGACCAGGCAGAUUACCAUCGUCGAUUGAUCCCCAUAGAUUUGAAAAGACGUCGUCACCGCCUAGAGGCAAGGAUGGCGUUUCACCUGAAAAUGAGUACCCAUGCAUACAAAGAUUGAUGUCAGGUACUGACAAAGAACCAUUUAAGAGAAUGUUUUCGAAAUUGUUUGAUCAACCCAGACCUAGCGCAAACAAGGUUGUCCCUAUCGCACCCAUACCAUCAAAACCUGAAAUAAGGAAUAAAACGGAUGAGACAGAACCCCCAAGCAACAUUGGCCUUAUUGAAAAGCAUCUGUCAGAUUUCGUAGAAAGUGGUAGUGUCAUAAAAAAGCCCGCGAAUAAAGAGUCGGACGUAACAAAAUGGAUAAGAGAACGUUAUGAAUUUCUUCCCUCGCUAUCGUCCAUAGCUGAAAAAUUGACUCGGCACAAUCUGGCGAUACCACAAAAAGACAGAGAGAUAUUCAAAAGAGAAAUAUCCCAAUGUCAGUCACUCGAUCAACUUCGUGACCUCUUAUUUCAGCGGUUAUUCGGCGGAAAGGUAUCAGCAAUUGGCGUAGAUGCUAAUGGUUCCUCGGACUCUUUCUCGACUACCGAAUCGAGAUCGCAAGCAACAACCCACAUAGUAGAUGAUUUUGGUUUACCGAUUCCAUCAAAUUACUCAUCGCUCCUUCAAGAGGCCAUCUCGGCGUGUCACACUCUUUUCAAGGAUCCUUACCUGGCGUUCUCCAUACUAGAACAGAUUAAACGAAGAGGUACGGUUUCCUAUGUUCUCGGUUGUAAUACAAAAGUGUACAACGAGUUAAUCUUGAUCAGAUGGAAUUAUUGGAAAGACCUGUGUGGCAUUGAAGAAUUGAUGGACGAGAUGGUCUCAAAUGGGAUAGAUUUUGAUCAACAAACUUUCUACAUUGUCAACAAUGUGAUUUCUAAGGAGAUUUAUGGUGGCAGUGGCGGAAAAGACGUAAAUGUUGAGCGGAGGAUUGAAAAGUGGGAUGAGAUUGACAUGGAAGCCUUGAGGAACAUCAAAAAGAUUUUGAACGUUUGGGGUCAAAGUUGA